CCCACAUCUCAACUCAGAUCCUCUACCACAUCUCAUCUUUCAGCCUAUUUCCCAUGUUCUAUUCUACCUGCACACAUAAAAGGACUAGAACCUGCGCCUUGAUCUCUCCUCUCAGGACUCCUCCUUACCCUGCAGCUUUCGUCCUGUCCAAUUCUCCGUUGAUAAGUUGCAGGCCACUACCGAAACUCGAUUCCACAUGAUCAGAUCCUAGCCAUAAGCCGAACUCUACCUGAACUCCCACGGCACCUAUUCUUUACUCGGCACCCAAAGCUCAACCUCCUCCCCCUCCCGGGACUUCUUCAUGAGUCAAACGCCGAAUGCUUGGGACGAUGGCUGGUCCAAAUCUGCAGACAAGCCGGUGACAGCGCAGGACACAGCGCCCAAAAAGCUCUCAUCCAAAGCAACCAAGGCGCAGAAAAGAGCCCAACAACUCGAGUUCAACAGACAACUGUGGGCUGAGGCCGAAGGACCCAAAGAACCGAACUACUACCUCGAAUCUCGCAACGUGGUACCACUAGCCAGCGAGUUCAAACCCCCACCAAUCCUCCUCUCUCGAAAAGGCCCCAUCAUCCAACGCAAACCGCCCAUCAACGGCCUUGAAAACCUCCACCUCGAUGGAAGUGGAAACUCCAAUUCCCAGUUUAACGAUAAUGGAACCAGUGGCGCAAACCAGGAAUCUUCUGACGAUGAAGAAGAGAUCAAGGUCAAAGAAUUGACGUUAGCGGAACGACAGGCACAAGCUGCUCGAGAUCGAGAGGAGAAACAGCGCAAAUAUGAGGAACGUCGACAAGAAUUAUUUGGAACGGCAUCCGCGACAUCGACGUCGACGUCGACGUACAGUAGUGGGAACAUCUCGUCGCAACAAUCGCCUAUCGGCGCUGGCGGAGGCGGCUUCAACCAUAACCAUAACCAUAACCAUAACCAUAACUACAACCACAACCACCACGCACUCAAUCGAUCAGGAACAUCAACACCAUCCAGUCUGACCCCUCCUGGCUCUCGAUCAGCCACACCAAAUCGCGGACGUGGCGGAAGAACCAGCGGACGAGGACGAGGCGGUGGUGGUGGUGGUAAUAAUGGAGCUGGUCUCCAUGGCCCUUCACCUUCCCCCAUCCCAAACUCUACCUCAGGAUCAUUUCAAAAUCCGACAUCGACAUCCUCAUCAUCAUCGUCAAGGACACAUUCCCAUUCACGAACCGCCCAACAACAACAGCAACGAGACCAUCAUCAUCAUCAUCAUCUUCUCUACGAUCCAAACACAUCCACCUCCAACAGGCCCUCCGCCCGUGAAAACAGUCGCUCAUCUUCACCUUAUUUCCAUAGCAGUCGUACGUCAACUCCAAUAUCGAAUGAAAUCCAUCCGGUCCGUAUGCCUAGAGGUCCGGAUGGGAGUGGAAGAGGGGGAUUUGGAUUUUCGACCUCACAACAUCGAUUAGGAGGGCCUGGGACGGCUUAAAAAAAAGGAGAACAAGAAGAAGCUGGAUUUUUUAGAAUCAAUCUAAUCGACCUUCCAUUACCGAGGCGUCUUAGCUGGAUAUAACAUCCGGUAUCCUUUCUAGACGGUGGAGAGGAUGAUUAAACUCGAAUAUUUCAGUCGGAAAUAUUCGACCAAUUCUCAAGAGAGGCAAGCUAAGCCAAGUCAAAUCGCAGCUUCAGCUUCAGCUUCCUCCCUACGAACUUUUAUGAUGUACAGAAUGAUGGUGUUUGUUACAUUCACACCGACAGCGUCCAAGUCCUUUUGACUGACCAAGUCCUCCAUGUCACCAAUUAUGCCGUUAGUCUCUUCUCUGCGUCUCCCUCAUUGACACCAAGAUGACCCCAAACGUCGCCUCCAAGACCAAAACCUUCCUGAGCAACCACGCGUUUGGCAUAAUCAAUUUCCACGAUCGCUUUCGGCUUUUCAAUGCCGUCUUCAUCACCCACUGGUUUGGUGAAGCUGUCCCAGCCAUCUUCGCCCACGCCACGAUAGACACCAUGGUAGGAAUUCUCGUCACUGAUUGUUCGGCGAAUUCGCUCGUCUCCUUCGAUAGCAUCAACCCAUCGACGCCAUCUUGUGCCCACUUCUGGACGGGGGAAGUUGCGAUAGUAUGAAAGCACUCGCGACAAACGGAUGAUCCACGGUGCGAAAACCACAUCGACAUAGCCGAGGUCGUUACCCAGAAAGAAUGGGCCCGUCGCAUGGCUGGCAUUGACCAGAGAAGUAAUGUUCUCCUGUAGUGUUGCCACUAACAUGGUGUGUUGUGCCGUGUUUCUCCUUGUCUGGAAAUCACCCUCCUCGUCGAAUCCAUCCAGCUGGCUUUGCGGACUCGGUGGGGGCGUCAACAAGAGGCUGUAGAAACUCGGGAGGAUCUUUCGGUUGAUAUGGUCCGUCCAUAGUCGGCAAUGCGCCCGUAAUUGCGGGUUCGCUAGAGGUAACAAGGGAUGUCCCAUAGACAAAUCCUCCAGGUACUCCAGUAUCACGCCGCUUUCCCAAAUCGCCCAGUUUCCAUGCUUGAUGCAGGGGAUGUUGCCUUCAGGAUUCACGGCCAACAUCUCUGCGGGUCGAAAUUUGUCCAGGUGGUCUGGCAUGAUUUCCACCAUCUGGUAAGGGAUACCCUUGAGCUCCAGAGCAAUCCAGACUCGCUGUGCAAAGGGGCAGAAACCGUUGGCAAAGAAGGUGAUUUUAGAUGAUGCGGGUUGAGCAUGCGAACGUGCUGUGACCCAAGCCAUGCCACUGGCACGAAAGGUCGGUGUAAUGGAUUCGGUGGCGGCUGUUUGAUUUGGAUUGGGAGGGGGCGCGUUUGCGUUGAGUUUCUGUACAAG